UCCACUCGUUCACGCGCGCUCGAGCAGAGUGGAUGUAUAGUCGCACCGAAUAACGAAACACGAAAUAAACAUCGCGAGUGUAGUUCAAGUGCAGUGAAGUGAAUGUGAUAGUUUCCUAUUAUAACAGGAUUGCUUUGGAACUUUAUAAUGGUGGUGGUGGGCUGGCGUGAGGCGCGCGCCCGGCCAUGAGGAAGUUCAUGCGCACGCGCGCGCCCGCGCCGCCGCCGCUCGCCCGCCCGCUCGACCGCCCGCUCACCAACGGGAAGAGCAAUGGACAUGCCAAUGGAGUGGCUUCUAUGCGGGAUGACCACCUCUCCACGGCUUCCAGGCCGUGGUCCCCGGCGGGCGAGGCGGCGGCGGCGGCGGCGGCGGCGGCGGGGGCGGGGGGGAAGCUCUGGGAGGACCCCGAGUUCCCCCCGAGCUGGCGCGCGCUCGCUGACCGGAAGCUCAGCGACGUCGUGUGGCUGAGGCCCCAUGAGCUGAGUUCGCGGCCUGUGUUUCUGGGAGAGGAUGGAAGCGAUCCUGAUGACACUUCCAGUGAUGACUUUGAUGCAAGAUGGAGCCUGGAGCCGGGGCUGGCGGGCGCGGCGCUGGCUCCAUGGUGCCUGGAGCCGGGUCUGGCGGGCGGGGCUGCGGGCGCGGCGCUGAGCGCGCUGGCGCUGGCGCCGCGGUUGCUGCGCCGCGUGCUGCUGCCGCGCGCGCAGGGGUUCACUCGUCAGGACUAUGACGGCUCCUUCACGUUCAUGUUCUGGGAGUGGGGCACCUGGCGCGAGGUGACAGUCGACGACCGGCUGCCGACGCGGCGCGGGCGGCUCGCCACCUCGCACUAUUCCCACAGCGCGAGGAGGGAUGACUUCACGCUGCCGCUGUUUGAGAAGGCUUAUGCUAAGUUCUACGGCUCGUUCGCGGCAGUAGGCGCGGGGUCGCUGGCGCGCGCGCUGCAAGACCUCACGGGCUGCAUCGUGCAGAGCUUCCCCCUCGGCGGGGGUGCGGGCGGGGGGCGCGGGGGGGACGGCCGACUCGCCUUCCACGUGCUCAACUCCGCCGUGCCAAGGUCCACGCUGCUGGUCGCUACUGUUGAACCUGACAAGGACGGCAGCUGGCGCCGCCUGCGCUGCGGUCUGGUGGCGGGGCAGGCCUACACCGUGACGGGGCUGGCGCGGGUGCGGGCGGGGGGCGCGGGGGGCGAGGUGGCGCUGGUGCGGCUGCGCGCGGCGGGCGGGCGGGGCGCCUGGGCGGGCCCGUGGGCGCGCGGGAGUGCCGAGUGGCGGGCGCUCAGUGACAGGGAUAGGGAGCUGCUGGCUGAACGGCAUAACCAUCAUGGGGAGUUUUGGAUGUCCUUCACAGACUUCUCCACCACGUUUUCAUCGCUCUGCCUGGUGCACGUGGGGCCGGACGACUGGCUGCUGGAGCCGGCGCUGCGGCCGCGGCGGCCGUGGCGCGCCGUGCUGGCCCGGCGGCGCUGGCGGGCGGGGUACAACGCGGGGGGCGACCCCACGCAUGUCGAGACAUGCAGCACGAACCCCCAGUUCCACGUGUCAGUCCCCCGCGAGGAGGGCUCGGGGGACGGCAAGUGCCACGUGGUGGUGUCCGUGUGCCAGCACUACCGGGCGCGGGGGGGCGAGGGCAGGGGCGAGGGGGGGAGGCUGCUGGCGAUAGGGUUCGCAGUGUACGAGGUGCCGCGCGCCGCGCCGCGGACGGCUCCUAUGCAGCUGCAUGAUCAGCGCCCCCUAGACGUGACCCACGGCGGGAAGGCGCGCGAGGUGGUCACGUUCUUCACACUCCCGCCCGGGGACUACGUGGUGGUGCCGCACACGCGCCUCCCGCACCAGGACCGCGCCUUCCUGCUGAGGAUACUGACGGAUAAGCAGACUAAUAUAUGGGAGGUCAAUGAAGACAACGUGAUAAUCCGGGACAUCGCGUCAGAGUUCCUGGACCAGGCGACGGUCGACCUGCCACCUACCAAACCUAGCAAAUUCUUCGGCACCGUAGAAGAUGAGAUAGACGUAGAAGGCCUCCUCAAAGUCCUCAAAUCCUGGCGGCGGCGCGCCCUCCUCGCCCGCCCCUCCCGCGAGCUGGCGCGCGCGCUGCUGGCGCUGGCGGACCGCGCGGGCGCCGGCCGGCUGCCCGCCGCCGCGCUGCCAAGGCUGCUGCAGCUGCUGCACUAUUGGAGGCAUAUUUAUUUGAAAUACGGCGGCUGCACCUCAACCUGCGGCGGCCCGCGCGCGUCGAGCUACCGGCUGCGGGCGCUGCUGUGGGCGGCCGGGCUGUCGGCGUCCAACAAGGUGCUGGAGUGCCUGUGCGCCCGCCACGCGCGCGGCGCCACACUCGCGCACGACGACCUGGUCGUGGCGCUGGCCCGCCUGCACCUCGCGCAUGAACGGUACCGCAGCCUGGAAACGAAGUUGAAAUCAAAUCCACUCUCCCUAGAAGAGCUGAUUCUGAUGACGAUCUACUCGUGAGGCGCCUCUUCUACUACUGACUACUCGUACUACUACUUUACUACCUAAAGUAUACAGUCCACGCAACGCCAUCUGUAUUCAAAGUGACAUACUUAUUUAUUGAUAGAUUUUGUCACGAUAUAAGAUGAUGGUAUUAGCGCCCAGGGCGGGCGGCAGGCCGGGAUUUAAUAUACUUAUAGAAA